AUCAUUCUGCGUACUCUUCACCUGUUACGUACGAUCUCCCCGCGACAAUGCACGUUUUCAAGGUAGCACUUAUGAUGAUGGCUAUCAGCGUCGAUAGGCUUGCGACCGCUUACGACUGCGGCAAAGAUGCUCCGCAAAACGUUUGCGAGGUGUCUCAUGGAGACCUAGCAAUUUAUGUCCGAGCGGACAAGAUCCCAGUCCGUCUAGACAAAAACCUCAGCUUCCCUGCGGGAGGAAAAAACUGCGUAGAAUAUGGACCACACACUCGUCGAUGUUGUCCUCUUGCCACAAUCCCGGCGGGAUCAUGGAUCUCGUCGGACCGUUACAAACAGGCUAAAUGUCACAAAGCCCUAUAG